AUGUCAGCAUCCGAUGACAAUGUUGCGAUGAUGGUCGAUAUGGGCAUCCCGCUCGAAGAUGCCGCAGAGUGUCUAAGAGAACGCGGUAACAACGUUGAGGGUGCACUGGAAUACUACUUCAGUGGACGCUACGAAGAGGACAAACAAAGUAAAGCAACUGUCAGUGCUGUUUCAACAUGGGAAAACAGUAAUUGGGUUGAUACCGACAGCAUUGGGCCAACGGUACCGAUUAUCACUGAGAAUGAGAAGCCGAUAUAUGACCUCACAAUGGAUUCCGAUGAUAAUGUGGAAAGAGCCUACAACGCAAUGCAAGACGUCCGCCCAACAACCCCUCAACAAGGCUUAGGCUGGACAACACCUACCACGAAUGCUCACUUUGGCCCGGCCACCCGCAAUUCAUAUCCAACCGAGAACUGGAGUCUCGUCCCAACGACAACGCAUGCGGACGCAGUUCACGAAAUCUUCCCUGAUCCAUCCCCGCGGGACAGAAGACGCCAUGGAACGGAUCCGGUAGCGCUAAAGCCUAUCACGGGCACGAGUCUACCACCGCUUUUACUACUCAUGCACUCCAUCCCUCUCGCGCGGAUCCUCCUCUCCGGUCCCAUCCCCGCGCUCACAAACUACGGCUCUCCCGGCUCCCCCGACGACGCGGCGGGAACGUGGUGGAACGCCCAAUGCGAUGAGUUGCUAGGAUCGCGAGUCUGUGGUGCCGAAGAAAGCGAAAGAGAAAAACGCGACCUAAUCAAUUUCGUGGCGGAGGUACAGCGCGUCAUCGCCUUCUUGGGUGGUAGCGAGAGGGCGUACGGGAGUUGCGAGCAUAUUCUCCGUGGUCUCGAACGCUGCGCCCCUCGUCGCACAGAUAGCGGGUUCUUGGGCGAGUUCUUCGGCGUUUGGGGACGGUCACGGAAGGUGUUAUUUGAUAUGGCGGAGGACAAACCGGGGUAUUAUGAUUUGUUGCCGGAGGUGUUUCAGGAGAGUAUUGGGGAUGGGGAGAGGAAUCCGUUUGAGUCGGCUGCGUGUAUGUUCUCGACUCCGAAAGGAGAUGGUGAGGGUGAGGGGGGUAAGGUUGAGAGGUCGGAGAAGGAGAAGUUUAGCUUGUUGGAGUUGGAGAUUAAGCCUGGGACGACAUCUCUCUACACCGCUAUCGACUCCCUCAUCUGGCCUGCUUCCUCCGACUCCAACACCGAUGACAAGCUCCAACAAGGCUGCUUUACGGAUCUCGCCGAGGUACUCUGUUUACGACUCAAGUCUGCUUCCUCGCAAGGGGGAACGGGCUUGAGGUUGGAGAAGGAGUUGUUUCCGAAGAGGUGGAUGGAGGACAUAAUGCCGGAGGUUAGGGAGAGGUUGAAGGAACGGAGGGAGUUGGAGGGGGAGAGGGCGAGGUUGGAGGAGAGGAGGGGCGAUAUAGAUUUGGUUGAGGGAGGGUAUAAGGCGGAUGUGUUGUUCAAUGAGGUGGCCGAGUAUUUGAAGAAGCCGAGAGUGACGCUGCCGUCAUUAGAGGAUGAUGACGAAAGUGAUAUGGAGGGGACGGAACAACCGACGACACCCGCACCGGAGCUGACGCAAGAUAUCAAUACGCUAAUAACUGCACAGUUUGAAAAGAUCAAAGCAGCCCACGAAGAAGUCAUGAAACAAGGCACCAUAGUCGUCGAACGCAUCAAUACCCUCCUAACCACCCUCCCCCCCAAUGAUACCGACUCCGCCCUCGAAUACCGAUACCUCCUCCGCGGAAUCUCCCCAGAUCCUUCGACGGCAUACUUCCUCGCUCCGACCCCCGAAGCGCGUGAUCUGAUCUCGUUCGACGAGGAUGGGACGGGGAGGAGGGAGGGGAAUGAGGAGUGGUGGUGUGUUACGUGGAAUCCGGAAUAUGCCACUAACCCGUUCGGACUCGCCGGUACCAACACACCGAUCUUUGGGCCGGGUGGGAAUGGGGGGAGUCCGUGUACGGUGAGAAAUGCGAGUGAGGAGGAGGUUCUGGGGGUUGCGGAGUUCAAGGGCGGCGGUGGGGAUGGGAUGUUGGUUGUCUAUGCGAGGGAUUGGGCGUGUGAGAAUGUUACUGUGCCGGUGUUGGAUGGUGCCCUGAAGGAAUUCAUUCAACGCGAUACCGAGCUGUUUAAGGAGGAACUCGCCCACGCGACAGAACCUGCUUCACCACUUAUUCUACCCAGUGCAGGUCCGGGUCCGGGUCUGGGUGGUAACGUCAAUCACGAGGUUCCGGAAACGCCGCCGCCGUUGUAUGAGACGACGGUAGAGUUGAAGGAACGCGAUCCGGAUGAUAGUGAUGAUGAUCAUAUGGGGAGUAUGCAUGUGGAAUAUAGUCAGUGA